AUGGCUUCGUGGCUUCAGAUUCCCAAGAACUCGCCCUUUUCUCUGGCGAAUAUUCCCUUUGGUAUUAUCUCCUCUGCAAAGGUCACAUCUCCUGUGGCUGCAGUUGCGAUCGGUGACUAUGCGCUGAACCUGAGCAUCUUCGCCUCGUCGGGCGGUUUCUCGCAGCUCCCCGUCAUCCAGCCCCAUCUCAGCGUAUUCGGCCAGCCAACUCUGAACGCGUUUGCAGCGCUCGGCCGUCCCGUGCACCGUCAAGUGCGUGAAUAUAUUCAAAGCAUCUUCCGUGCCGAUACGCCAUUCCCUCAGAUUCUCAAGGACAACUCCACCUUGCAGAAGGAGGCGCUUUUGCCCUUGUCAGAAGUGACAAACCAUCUUCCCAUGCACAUUGGCGACUACACCGACUUCUACGCGGGGCUCAACCAUGCUUACAACAUUGGUGUGCUGUUUCGCGGUCCUGAGAACGCUCUGCAGCCCAAUUACAAGCAUCUCCCUGUUGGAUAUCACGGCCGUGCCUCUUCAGUCGUGACUUCAGGCACUCCUAUCCGCCGUCCCAAUGGCCAAAUCCUAGCCAACCCCGCCGCUAACCCCAAGGUGCCGACCUUUUCCCCCUGCAAGAGAUUGGAUAUCGAAUUGGAGCUUGCCGCUUUUGUCAGCAAGAGUAAUGAGCUGGGCCAGCCCGUUUCUAUCGAUGAGGCCGAGGACCAUAUCUUCGGCGUCGUAUUGAUGAACGACUGGUCGGCCCGUGAUAUUCAGGCUUGGGAGUACGUUCCUCUGGGGCCUUUCAACGCGAAAAACUUUGCCACCACGAUCACACCCUGGGUGGUCUUACUCGAUGCUUUGGAGCCCUUCCGCACGGCCGGUCUGGAGCCCGGCAACCGCGAAUCGCUACUGCCCUACCUGCGCGAGAAGCGCGAACUUAAUGCCUACGACAUCCCUCUCGAGGUUGAAAUCACGAACGCUGGUGGAAAGCCUACUUUGAUCUCUCGCACCAACGCCAACAACCUGCUCUACUCGUUCCCUCAGAUGCUGGCACACCACACCAUCACAGGUUGCAACAUGAACACCGGCGACCUGCUUGGCAGCGGUACCAUUUCUGGCAAGGAGAAUCAGACUCAGGGCAGUCUCCUCGAGCAGACCAACGGCAAGAACCCUCUGAAGCUGGCUGAUGGCUCGGAGCGAAUGUUCUUGGAGGAUGGAGACACUGUCGUUCUGCGAGGCAUGGCUGGUACGGAAGGAAACUACGUUGGCUUUGGCGACUGCGUUGGCACAAUUCUUCCAGCCCUCAAGUUGGAGUUCUAA